AUGUUUGACGGGCGCACUGUGCAACUUUCACGGUCCACUUUGAGAGAUGGCAUUGAAGUUCUGAACGAAAGUAGAGAUCAAGAAAUCGAAAACGAACUCAACCGUGAGGUUCACAAGGGUAUAGGAAGGCCAGAAAAGAUUCAGGGAAGGGUGGCCUUGGGUGAUGUGACAUCUCAAAAGGCAAAUAAAAUACAUAAUGCCAUCCAAAAUAAAUUUCAUCAGGCAAAAAACGGCUUUGAUAAAGAGAACAUACAAACAUCAGUUCAGCCAAAGGAACAGAAAUACACGGUUGAUGAUGAAAGUGAUGAUUUCUUAAUCGAUAGUUUUGAAGAUUCUGACGGGGAACAAGGCAACGAAUAUGAUAUUGACGAUUUGCUUACUCAGAGAAUAGAGGAUCAGCAACUUCAAAACGGUGAAUUGUACGAAGAUUCGGAUGGAGAAAUGCAAAAUGCCACUGAAGAGGAGGAUUAUGUCGUAGUUGAACCAUUAUCUCCGGUAAACAACGAUGAAAUCCAGUACGAAUUGGAUAAAGCAUUCGAAAAAUAUUUCCAGUCGGUACCUGAUCCGUUGGAUGAUGACACUCAUGAUGUGGUGAUGGUUUUGGAGUACGCAUCCGAUAUAUUCUAUUAUUUGAGAGAACUUGAAGUGAAGUAUAGGCCCAACCCUUAUUAUAUGCAAAAUCAAGUAGAAAUAACAUGGCCGUACAGACAAACUAUGAUAGACUGGUUAGUGCAAUUGCAUUCUAGAUUUCAGCUUUUACCAGAAACGCUAUACUUAACGAUCAACAUAGUGGAUAGGUUUUUAUCGAAGAAAACCGUAACUUUGAACAGGUUCCAACUAGUUGGUGUAUCCGCUUUGUUUAUUGCUGCCAAGUUCGAAGAAAUCAACUGCCCCACUUUGGAUGAUCUGGUUUACAUGUUGGAUAACACAUAUAACAGAGAUGAUAUAAUCAAAGCAGAACAGUACAUGAUAGAUACUUUGGAAUUUGAAAUUGGUUGGCCUGGUCCCAUGCCAUUUUUAAGAAGAAUAAGUAAAGCUGAUGAUUAUGAUUUUGAGCCAAGAACAUUAGCAAAAUAUUUACUGGAAACUACAAUAAUCGAACCAAGAUUAGUGGCCGCUGCUCCAAGUUGGUUAGCUGCCGGCGCAUAUUUUCUGAGCAGAAUAGUCCUUGGCUCAAAUGAUUGGUCCUUAAAACAUGUAUUCUAUUCCGGCUAUACAUCUCAGCAAAUUAUUCCCUUAGCAUCAUUGAUACUAGAAAAUUGCAGAAGUGCAUCUCGACGUCAUCAUUCAAUUUGGAAAAAAUACUUUGAUCAGAGGCAUUACCGCUGUUCUCAGAUCGUGGAGGAAUGGAUUGUUUCAACAGAGGCCUAA